UAUACAACCUUCAUCUCCACUCCUUGAUAAUGCUAGGUUUUAUGCUUAAGUUAAACAAACUUUAAAAAGUUGACAAAAAUACGAGCAAGUUGCAUAGUAUAUAAAGUGGACUUAAAGAACAUUGACUGUUCUUUUUUAUUAUAAUUUUUGGCUACUGAUUUUGAAAGAUACCAAUCUUUAUUUGCACUAAACACCAUUUUAAAGAGAACAAUGUCAAAUGACCAUAAUAAAACUGAAGAUUGUGAGGCUGUUGGAAAGCCUCAUGACAGACAUCAGAAAGAAAAAAUUCUAAAACAUGUUGUAAAUGAUGGACCGAUUGUAGUAACUUUUGAAGAUGUAAGUGCAGCUGCAUUUAGGAUAAAAAAUGGAAUAAAAAAGACUAUUUGUGAGAAAUCUUGUGCAUUAUCAGAUCUGCUUCAAAUGGAUGUUUAUCUAAAGAGAGAUUAUAUGCAAGUGACUGGCAGUUUUAAAGAAAGAGGUGCAAGAAAUACUCUAUUAAUGUUAACCAAGCAACAAAAAGCUGUCGGUGUUAUAGCUGCAUCAGCAGGUAAUCAUGCAUUAGCAUUAGCUUAUCAUGGAAAAGAGUUGCAUAUCCCAGUUACUGUAUGUAUGCCUAUAAAUGCUCCUAUUACUAAAGUCAGUAGAUGUAAAAAAUAUGGUGCCACUGUUUAUACUGAGGGAUCAGAUGUUAUUGAAGCUAAAGAGUUUGCUUUAAAAAUAGCUCAAGAAAAAGGAUUUGUUUAUAUCAAUGGAUAUGACCAUCCCGAUAUAUUGGCUGGUCAAGGUACCUGUGGUAUAGAGAUUGUUGAGGAUGUUAAUGGAAUUGAUGCGAUUGUAAUACCUACUGGUGGAGGAGGAUUGAUUGCUGGAUGUGCAGUAGCUGUUAAAAAUCUUCAUCCAAAUAUUGAAGUCAUAGGUGUAGAAAGCGAAAAGUGUGCAAGCUUUAAAGCAGCGUAUGAAGCUGGGAAACCAGUAAAAAUAGCAGUUGACCAAUCACUAACUUUAGCUGACGGAUUGUGCGUUUCAAUAGUUGGAGAAAAUGCAUUUUUUACAGCACGACCAUAUGUUGAUAAAGUUGUUUCAGUUAGCGAGCCUUAUAUUGCUAUGGCAGUCCUUCGCUUAAUUGAGAGCGAAAAGUGUGUUGUUGAGGGAGCUGGUGCAACUGGAUUAGCUGCUGGGCUAUCAGGUCAAUUAUCUCAUUUAAAGGGCAAAAGAGUUGUUUUUUUACUAUCUGGUGGAAAUAUUGAUUCAACUGUUCUUGGAAGAGUUAUUGAGCGUGGAUUAGCUGCUGAUGGUCGGUUAGUCAGAUUUUCUGCAGUGAUAUCAGACAGACCAGGAGGUUUGUUGGAACUUGCUAAGGUGCUAGCAGAACAUGGUGCAAGUGUUAAAGAUAUUUUCCAUGAAAGAGCGUGGUUACAAACAACAGUUUUCAAAGUAGAAAUAAAAGUGAUUUGUGAAGUACGCGAUUACGAACAUGGCUGUGCGUUGCGAAAGAUAUUAGAAAUCAAAUACGACGAUGUCAAUUGGUUAUCUAACGCCAUUCACGAUGGAUCCGAAAAUUGACAACUACCCGGAAAUAUUUUCAAAAUCAAAAUUUCUUGAGUGUUGUAUUUGUGAAUUUUUAAAACUUAUUUAAAGAUUUUAAAAUUUUAUCAUUAAAAUUUUUUAGAAAAAAAAGUUUUUGUUAAAUUUUUUUAGAA